AUGUGUAAGACUUGCAAAGCGAAAAACACUUCAAAAGCAGUUGAAAUAACUCCCGCUCAGUGUCAUGAUGCUGAUGUUUUCUUGGAUGUCGUAUCUCCCCAACAAAAAAAUUCCCCUUCUCUAAUAGACGAGAUUAAGCUGCUUCGUACUGAAAUAUCAAAUUUUAGACUGGAUAUGACUAAAUUAACCACCUUAGUUACCAACUUCGCUAGUCGAUUGGAUAGCAUAGAGGAGCGUGUCUCGCAUUUGGAGGCCGGGUCUGGCGCGGCGGCCGAUAAAGACAAUGAGCAGUUGCAACAGAGUCUUGACUCGAUCGAGCUUUUAAAAAAACAGCUGAAUGAAUCCGAGCAAGAAAUGCUGUUAAAUGAUGUAGAAAUCACGGGUAUUUCGGAAAAUAGUGGCGAAAAUCUACUUCAUAUCACUAUAACUUUGGCUCAAAAACUAGGUCUAGCUAUAGACGAGCGCGAUAUUGCGAACGUACACAGGCGCGGCGUGCGCAGACGAGGAGAGGGCGAGGGAAGCGGGGCGGGCGAAGCGCCGCAAUCGCGCCCUAUCGUCGUGCGCCUCACGCGGCGUCACCUGCGCGACGAGCUGCUGCGCGCAGCGCGCGUGCGGCGCGGCGCGGACACCGCCGGCACGGGGGUGCAGGGCGAGCCUCGACGCUUUUAUGUGAACGAACAUCUCACGUACAGUAACCGAAAACUGUUCUUUGCAGCGCGUGAGAAGUUAGGGCGGUCUAAGAACUGGCGUUUCGUUUGGACUCGCGCGGGUCAUGUGUAUGCUAGACGGGAUAAUAAAUCUAAAGUAGUUAAUAUUAAGUCGGAAGACGACAUAAAUAAGGUUUUUUAUUCAUAA